GUUCAACUCAAAGUAGCUCUCAAUAGGCUUAAACUUGUGCAGCAAAAGAAAGCAUCCAUAAAUCAGCAGGCUCGCAAGGAAAUAGCCUUGCUUUUGGAAAAAGGCAAGGAAGAGAGCGCAAGGGUCAGAGUAGAGCAUAUUAUUCAUGAUGACUAUUUCAUCGAAGCAUUGGAGCUGAUUGAACUCUAUACUGAAACUUUACUGGCUCGAUUCGGUAUUGUAGAGUCCAUGAAAACUUGCGACCCAGGCAUUGCAGAAGCUGUCAACACCAUCAUCUAUGCUGCACCUCGUAUCGAUAUCAAGGAACUUCACUUUGUGCGCGACCAACUCGUUAGCAAAUAUGGCAAGGAUUUUGGUAGUGCUGCCAUGGAAAACUUUGGUUACCGAGUAAAUGACAGGAUUGUACAAAAACUAAAGGCACAGACACCAGAUCGAAAGCUUGUUGAUCAAUAUCUGGUCACAAUUGCUGGUGCCUACAACGUGAAUUGGGAACCGCCAAUUGCUCCACCUUCACCGAUU